CCUGAGUCUGUACCUGAGUGGAUUACUUCAUACUAUACUGGACUUGGAUUACCAGAAACAGCUUCAGGACUGUUACAUGUACAUUGGGAGGCUGCCACAGGUUGAAUUCCAGGAUAGAAACUGCACUUAGGAGCUUGUUAAGUAAUCUGCAGUUUACAUACACAUGAAGCACACAUAUGCUGUGAACCGGAGUGAGUCAAAGACUUCAAAGCUUGGGAAAUCAGGAAGUUCACCUUUGAACGAGAGAGAAGUGAGAAAAUCAGCUGCUGCAGUAGGAGCGGAUCUGAAGAAGUAAUUUCACUGAAAACUCUGGGACUGAUCUGUUUGCUUCAUUGUUCUUUAAGUUCCCCUUGUUCUCCACAGAUGAGAGAAUGACCAGUUUGUGACAGGAAGAGCGAGACUCUAAGGCAUCUCUAAGUGUCCAGCAGAAGAAAUGAUGAAUAUGCUUAUUUCAUCAAGUGCACGAGAAACAGGCGACUGAUUCUUUAAAGCUUUGCUUGAGCUUUGUAGUAAAGCUGUGCGCUUCAGUGCAUCACACUAAUGUUUGUGUGCAUGUGAGUGUGUGUGAGAAAGAAGGAGAGAGUGUGUGUGUGUAUGUAAGUGCUGGUAUAUGUGCCUUUGUUUGGGUCACAGAAAAGAAAGACUACUAAAAAAAGAAGAAAAAAGCAAAAGAGAAAGUUGCUGCUGUUGAUAAGAUGAUCAUUUGCUGCCACAGUAAAGACUUUUGAAUCUAAAUGAAGCCUUACAAGAUGACAGAUGCUUCUUAAGAUAGAAAUUUGCCCCUUAUAAUAGCUGCUACGUUCAUGUCGAGAACUGUCAUUUCCUGGAAACCUCCUGUAGUAGAGAACAGAUUCAGUUUAACUUUUUUCACUUUUCUUCCUAAAACUUUGAUGACUCCUGUUGUUUUACCUGGAAAAUAUUUGUUUUCAUCGAAAGACAUGCACUAUAACCUUUGCCAUGGUAACUCUGAAAAGGUAACCAGAACUUUAAAGAUGAAAUGGAUUUUCAGCUACCUUCUAAAGAAUUGAUAUUUUUUGGCUUAUUCCUGGGAGAUCUUUGGAAUCUAACACCUUUGGACAUUCUGAUACAAAAUUUGCCUAAUUUAAGGAACACCAGCUACCAGACUUUGUUUUUAUUGACGCCAUAGCACACUCUCAUUGGAUCUAUGUUUUUGUAUAGCUCAUUAUCUUUCUGUUUAUAAGUGGGAUAUAUUUUUUAAUUUUGUUGUUUAGAUUUUUGUUAAAAUGGCGGAGUUAGAAGAUAUGUCUCCCCCAAGGACACCCCCUGAUCCAUUGGAAAUGCAAAGAAAUAUUCUGGAUGAACAUUUGGAUCUUUGGUGGUUCCGACACCCAAAGAAGUCCAUUGUUUGCUUCUGUUUUUCUGUAACUUUAAUCCUGGCUUGUGGUAUAGGGGGAGUUGUGCUACUGUCUACCACCAGCAGUCGCUAUGGCGAAUGGCGACUGGGAAUUGGAACCGUGCUUUGCCUCAUGGCUUUAAUCAUCCUUAUGAAACAGCUAAUGACCUCUGCCAUCCAGGACAUGAACUGUAUCAGGAGCCGUGAGCAGAUAGACAUGCUGAAAAGUGGUGGAUUCUCCGACACUAUCAUCAUCCUUAUCACUUCUGUCAUUCUUGUGACUUCUGGUGCUGUCUUACUGAGUCUUUAUGAGCCCCAAAUAGCACCAUAUCCUGCCAAGACUAGUAAUCAUAUGCUGAUAACGGGUAUAGUACUAGCAGUGGUCGGCACCCUGAUGUUAAUAUCUGUUUUCCUGUAUUUUAUGUUUGGUUUGUACAGUUGUCACAUUCCAGGCCCCAGGACUAUCAGGAGGGAUCAUACAGGAGUGUUUACUAUUUCAGGAAGAUUAGCAGGGAACCAAAGGCCAACCACUUCCAGUAUGGCCAACUUAAUCUGAUCUACACAGCCAUCUUGCUUUAGCUAGUUUAUGGUGCAUUCUUGUUCGCACCUGCCAUUAUACUGCACAAGGUGUAAUAGAUGUGACCUUAUAAACCAUGGCUAAAGUGGACUCUGCUACUAUUAUGACAUUUGUUUUGUGCAGAAUGAAACUUAAGUUUCAUCAAUUGUUAGACUGCUUUUUGUGUCACUUUUAUUAAUUUACAAUAUGCAUCACUCAUACAUGAGUUUAUAAUUCUGUGUUUGCCAGAUCAACCCCUUCCAUUGCUCUACAACAUGCUAGAUCCUAAAAAAAUAAUCUAAACUGCAGGACUGCGACCUCCACAGUCAAAAGAAAUAUAUCCAUUGAGGUACUAGCUUUGGUUUUGGAAAAAGUAAAAGGAGUCAGACUGUUGGUGUGGGCUCUAAAAUUGACAAGUAUGUUACUUGUAACUGUAUCCUUGUCUAACUCUUUAGUCUAGCACUACUACUGAGCUAAAUUAUAGUGGUGGGGUUGCUGUACCAGAAGCACCACAUCAACCUCAUCAACUAAAGAAUGUUUCUAUAUAAGAUUCUGAAGUUAUCUUCCGUUCUGUGUCCCCGGCACACACACACACACACACACACACACACACACACACAGGUCAGUUUUACAGAUCCAAAUUCUGACAGAAAUGACAUGUUUAUGAAAAGAACAUAGAUUCAUUAGAAGAGAACUGCUUUAUUUUAACACUAAAAGGUUUAGAAAAAGCUUUGAUAUCCAGGGCAAUGAACUCCCAGACCUAGAAACAUGACUGCUGCUAUAAAGACUGAAAGAAUGUAGAAGGGGCAAGGUAGAUAUUGUAAAAAAGGGCUGCAGAGUUGCUUAAUAUGCCAUCCACUAUAAAUGGAGCAAAAUGUUAUGUUCUAACUACAAGUAUUCCAUUUGCAUAGUGAAAUGCAGGUAAAGGGAGAUGCAAUUUUUGAUGAAAAAAUCAGACCUGGCUCUAUACUCCUGCAGCCAGUAAACAUAUUUUUCUUUUGAGUAUGUGGUAAGGCAGAAGAAGGAUGGCUGUACGAGACAAUGCAAGAUACAAAUUGUCUUUGCAGUGAAGAACUAAUGAGUAAGAAAUUUAUGUUUAACUCAUAGAAGACUGUGCUUACAAUCACUGCAGCUUCUCACUAUAUAUAUUGUGUGUGUGUGUGUGUGGGGGGGGGGGGGUUCCAUCAUGCUAAGCAGCAUUUUUGUCCAAGGCUCUUUUUCAGCAGUUCUUUAAUGUUGUAAAGGGUACGCCACUAAGCGUACACUGUUCUCUGUGCCCCCACCAUCCCAGUGUUCAAAGUACAAAAGGCACAGAAAACUAAGAAUUCACAUUAUUUAUUUUCAUCAGAUAUUUGUGUCACCCACUCCUUGUUGUUACCCCACCUUCCAAAUAAUAGCUCCUCUAGGUGUUCAGUGUAGAAACAACGCAUUCAUCAUACCGAUAGUACCAGUAAGCAGUCUGCCAUUUGAUCCUCGAGUUAUUUGUAUAAAUUAAAGGGCACAAAAGGGACAUAUAGCACUGAAUUCUAACACCUCCACCUGUAUUAAGGGAAUGGAAGCAAAAACAUGGAGUUAACCUUAGAAGAGUGUGGCAGCAGCAGCAGUUUUUGCACUAUUGCAAGAAUGUUUUACUAAGCAAGCGUCUUCCCGACUGAAAUGAAUAACUCAGUAUAUCUCAACUUGACUCCAAGUAAUGUGUUCCCAGUUUUCAGGCAUUUAUAAAAUGUAGAGCGAUAUACAUAUACAUCUCCUGCAAACAUAGAGCAAGUGCCAUAUGCAGUCUGAGUACAAUAGGACCAGGGCCAGCUUUAUGCUAUAACCUACAGUUAUAUAUACUGGCAAACAUUAAACGUGGGGGGUCAAAGAUCCCUUCUCACCUUCCUGUAACAAAGGAUGUGCAUUAUCCCAGUAAAAGCAGCAUAGUAAAUAAUACGCUAGUCUUAUUGCAGUCAAAGAACAAAGCAUUGUCUGCAAAGUAAGCAAUAUCUAUUACAUGAAAACCAGAUUUCAUAUCAUAGUUUGUUUCUUAGUGUAAAAAUAUCAGAAGUACCAUAACUACGGUUAACAAGAAAAGUGACAUUGUGAACCUGAGAUGGAAAACAAAGUGCAGCUUUAGGUUACAGCCUGCUGACAAAACUGAAGAUGAGUUUUACAAGUAUUUGAAAUAGCUGUAGGAUAAUGAAGUCACCAUAAAUACUCUGUGGGCAAAGAUAGCACUCACAAAGAUUGUGAGUUUCAAAGAUGUGAAGUGACAUUGCUAAAUGAUAUUGGAACCAAAUAUUCAAUUUCAAACAGAAUGAUUACUGUAAUGAAUUUAUUCAAAGACUUCUGUAAGCCUUUAUCAUCUGCAUGAUGAUUAUAAUCUUACAAAAUUGAGGGAUAGCUGUCCAUCUUAAACUCAAGGCUAGGAUUGGUGUUGCACUAAUCCCUUUCCUCCUUUUUUGGUCAGCAAACCUCUGUCAGCCAAGUUGUUUCCUAAAUGGUAUUGUUUUAGUCUACUGCAGACAGCUUUGUUGAAGCCUGUUUAAUCAGUACCAAUGCAUUGCAAAUGACUGUUGGUGAAUACGUUUAAAACUUAACCUUGAUGACUUCUAAGGUGAUCAUAUUACCUGGAAGUAUAACAAGAACUUCACUGGAAGCCUUUUCUGUGUAUCUGUCUUGACACAAAGAGUUUUGCCAAGGCAGCUGUUGAUGGACUAAGCCACAUCCUUGAACAGAUAGUGUGCUGCUGUGUGCCGCAGCAUUUUGCAAACUGUAGUAACAUAUGUGUCUGGACUUCCUCAUUGUUUAUGAAAGAACCAGAUUUUGUAGACACUACAGAGUGAGUAUCUGCUCUGCAAUAAUCUGGUAUAUACUGGUGUGUUACAGGGGAGGAGGUAAACUAGUCACUGAAAACAUCAGCAUUCUCUUAUGUUUGUAUAAUAUCACAGCCUGUCCUUUUACUGUAGAAAAAUGUGUUCUGUACAAAUCAUUUGGUGCUUUUGUAAUCGGACUGUUCCCCUCUACCUCAUUUAGAGUUACUAGAUAAUAAUCCUUCCAAAUAUGAACUUAAAAAGUGAAGUAAUUCCUUCUCUACACAUUGUGGUUCCAGUUAACGGUCUUCCAUUUGUAUUAUGAUACUGCCCCCUUUCUGUGUGAUUAAACUGGUGAAUAGCAGACCCAAUACCAUUUUAAUGUCUUAGACACAAGCAUCUUAACCCAUCGAUGCACAGAGGUUUCAGUUAAUGUUAAACAUGGGAGCUGUGCUGUGUUCUGUUUACAGAAACAGCCCUUUUCUCCAAGUUUUUCUGAGUUUGCCAAAGAACAAAGAAAAGACAAUUGCUUUUGUGUGCAAAAAUAGUGUUUGCCUUUUCUCCAGGUAACUGUGACACUGGUUUGAUUAUGUCAGACAGUAGGAAGUGUUGACGCUCAUUAUAUACUGUACUACCUUGCAAACAACAACAUAAUUCAAAAUAGGAUUGUGGUGUUCCAUUUUCUAAGCUGGCCCAUUUGACUUUGCUCUAGCAUGUGCAAAGUUGUAAGUCUUUUGAACAGUUGAGCAGGAUCAGCUUGGAUGAAAGGUUUUCUGAUUCAAGAAGAUAGACUGCUUACUAAUGUUGUAAAGACAAGAUUAUGAACCUCACAGGCACGGGGUAUCCAUUAUGUAAUGUAUACUAGCAAACUGCUGUACAAUACAAGGAUGGCUGUCACCUCAACUGUUUUUAUGUAUUAUGACUAUUUUUAUUGAGCCCUCACCCAAACCAAAAUGACCAGAGGGAAGGAUACUCAGAAUUUUUUCAAAAAAUUAUAAGAAAUUCACCACUUUUCAUAAUUAAUGGCACUUUUUUUAAUCUGACAAUUUUGCACUAAUAUGGUUAUUGAAUGAAAUACAGUUAAAAUAUUUAUGAAAGGUUCAAAAUGAUUUAACUCAAUAAGAAAGUUUUGAUUUUUCAAUGUUCCUCGUACUCUCAGAGGUACAAACUGCUCCCAGGUACCUAUGAAGCCCAUAAAGACACCAUCUCUGGUAAGAUUUGAGAGUGGGAUUUUGCACUUAUUUAACCUGCGAGUCUCUGUAAGACGUUUUGCAACUUCAGGAAUUGAUCCUUUGUUGUAAUACCUAACAGCUAGAUAACAGAUGUAUGAUCUGAUGUCAUUCAUUGAUCUCUCGGGUGAUGGUCUGACAAACUAGAACAAGAGCCUGAUGAUACCUAAUACAGAGGACUAAAAAACUGAAGUUGAGACAAACCCUGUAUUUUUCUGACAUUUGAAGAACAUCAAAGAUAUCUGACAAUAGUCUGUUCUACUAUGUGGUAACAUAAGUUAUACUAUUUAUACAUACUGCAUGUACUCAGGAUACAGACAAACAUUCAGCAAAAUGCAUCAGCUUUUAAGUACCCAUUCAGGGUACAUGUGUAUUGGGAAUGUUAAAUAAUGUGCUUAUAAUUACAGCUGCUGGGGUUUCAAUGAUAAUGGCUCAAUAAACUGUAGUAGUUCUGUUAGAAAACUUGAA